CCCACCCGACCCCUCGUGCCCGCCUCUCUCCCUCUUGCGCGAACCCUAGCGCUUCCCUCCUCCCUCCCGCCGCCAUCUCCAUCGUCCGAUCCCAGCGACCUCUCGCCAAUUUUGUCCUCUUCCCUCCGCUUUCCGCCCCGUGCCCUCCCGCAUCUGCCUGCCUCCCAGCAGAUCUCGCCGCCCUGCACCACCACCGUGGCACGCCGGACCCUGACCUAACCCCCCCUACCCCGGGAUCUGCCGGUGCCCGCCGGACAUGGACUCCGGCAGGGGCGGCAGGGCCACGGCAAUCCGCAUGUCGUACCACCACAUCCGGGACGCCGAGAUGGAGCUCGUCCGCCUCAAUAGCACCAGCAGUGGCGGUGACGCCGACCGGCCCAAGGAGGAGCAGGGCAGCGGCAGGAAGGGCGCGCCCAAGUACCGGGUGGUGCUGGUCUGCAUGGUCGCCGCCGGCGUGCAGUUUGGCUGGGUGAUGCAACUCUCCCUCCUCACCCCAUACAUCCAGAUCUCAAAUAAGCAGUAUCACUACGAUGGAUGCGGCAUCUGCAGAACUGGUGGCAUGGAUGACUUCUUCCACUGUGAACUGGUGGCAUUGAUACUCUACUUAUCAAUGGAUCGAUAUAUUAGGCCGGCUGCCUUUGCUCUGAUCGACAGGUGCAGGCAACUGUUCUUGUAACAGAGAAGGAACAGAUCAAUGACGACAUCGUUGCUUUGGUCAGGCAUCAUGGGGUCACAAAGAUUGUUAUGGGUUCUAUACAGGACAACUGCUUCAAGUUAAAAGCGGGCCACAACAAAGAAUAUUUUAUGGCAAAGAAUGCUCUAGCAGUUUGUGAAAUUUGGUUUGUAUGGAGAGGAAGACGCAUCUGGACCAGAGAAGCAAGUGCAGCCAUUGACAUCUGGACCAGAGACCAAAGUGUUGCCCGCUGCAUUGGAGGGAAAGGGUCAGAGGACAACGCAUAAAGAGGGAGGAGCAACAUACUGGAGAGAGAACAAGGUGAUUUGAUUUUCGGAAGUUGGAAGAGGAAGACGAUGAAGCAUGCCUCUUGUUCUGGUUGUACUUCGUAGCUAAUUAUAUUGUAAUCGGUAGUAGUCAGCAUAUAUGUUUCUAUGAAUACUAUGUAAAGACUGUAAUAGGCUAAUUUUGCCUACCAUUUGAAGAAUUUAGUUAUGUUCCAUCUGAAA